GGCUCUGCGGGCCGGCGAGCUCGCCCACUCAUCCCCACCCAGCCGCAGUCCUCAGGCUCACGAAGAUGUCUGCCAAGCCCACUGUCGGCUUCGUGAACGAGGCUUCAAGGCAGAUUGUGGCCGGGGGUUCCGCUGUAGGUGAUAAGCUCCCUGAAGAUAAGCAUCCUGGUCUGUUGGGUACCCGGUUGAACCUGACACAGGAUAGGUACUCAAUAAACAUUUGUUGAAUGAACAGGUCUUGUAGAAAUUUGCCUGAUGCACCCCCUGGAUGUGGUGAAAACCAGGUUCCAGAUUCAGAGAUGUGCAACUGAUCCAAACAGUUAUAAAAGCUUAGGAGACAGCUUUCGAAUGAUUUUCCAAACAGAAGGGUUGUUUGGUUUUUACAAAGGAAUUCUGCCACCCAUCUUGGCUGAAACACCAAAAAGGGCAGUGAAGUUUUUCACCUUUGAGCAAUACAAGAAAUUGCUAGGAUAUGUGUCACUGUCACCAGCAUUGACAUUCGCCAUUGCUGGAUUGGGAUCUGGACUAACAGAAGCCAUCGUGGUUAACCCUUUUGAAGUAGUAAAAGUUGGCUUGCAAGCCAAUCGGAACAAAUUUACAGAGCAACCGUCCACUCUGAGUUAUGCAAGACACAUCAUUAAGAAGGAAGGCUUGGGAUUCCGGGGCCUCAACAAAGGAUUCACAGCGACUCUGGGACGUCAUGGAGUCUUCAACAUGCUUUAUUUUGGCUUCUACUACAAUGUCAAAAACAUUGUUCCAGUCAAUAAGGAUCCAACCUUGGAGUUUUUGAGAAAAUUUGGGAUUGGUCUUCUCUCCGGCACAAUAGCCUCAGUCAUUAACAUCCCUUUUGAUGUUGCCAAAAGUAGGAUUCAAGGGCCUCAGCCAGUUCCUGGAGAGAUCAAGUACAGAACCUGUUUUAAAACAAUGGCAACAGUCUAUCAGGAGGAAGGGAUUUUAGCUUUGUACAAAGGUCUGCUUCCCAAAAUUAUGAGACUUGGACCAGGUGGGGCAGUGAUGCUACUGGUUUAUGAAUACACCUACUCAUGGCUUCAGGAGAACUGGUAAUACUACUGCAUCGCGGGAGUGAGCACGGCCUGCAAAGAGGCCAUGAAAUUGAACCUUUAACCUCUCCCUGUGGAUGGUGUGGAAACAGAUCUCUGAAGAGUGCACUAGCCAAUUUAAAAACAACACUUUUACCCCCCUAAGAAAGAGAGGAAAUAUGUCAACACUAACCCAUAAUAAUAAUGUUUAAAAAUCAAACAAUCCUAAGCCCAUGUCCCAUCCCAUUUUCCUUCUCUUAUUUUUAAAAGUAGCUCUAAAUCAUAAUUUGCUUUGAGUAGCAAAUUGUAUUUGGGCUUUCUGUUGUCUUUUUAAAGGUAUUCCACGUGAAUUCGCUAUUACUAAGGAAACAUGUAGGGAGAAAAAAAGAGGAGGAAAAACAUCUGAUACCAUUAACAUUAGAUUUUUUAAAACACAAGAACCAGAAAAAAAUUAUAAAUAGCAUAACAAGAGAUUUCUUAAUUUAGAUAAAGAAAAUAACAUUUAGUUGUGUUUCCAUUACAAAUGAUUGAUCUCUUUUUAAAGACUCUGAAUAGCCACCUAAAAACGUCUGAUAAGGAAUAAUUCUGUACCUUAUGUCAGCUUUUCUGGACAGCAGGAGAGUCCCUGUACAGUACGGUUUUAAAGUCUCCACCAAAAUAUUGGACUGGUAUCUUUGUUCCAUUCGAUUUAUAGUCUAUUUUUUCACCAGACUGGGAACUCCAGAUGUCAAUAGGAGUUUCAUAAGAUCAAAGGAAGACUAUGGCCCUGAGAAUUCUUCUGCUCCUUCUGCUUAUUCUUCUCCUGAAGUUAUAAUCCUCUGUUUGUAGCACUGAAUUUCAGUUCCUUUAGAAAUAAAUGCAGUUCAAAGCUCUUUAUAAGAUAUCUGCUGCUUGAAAAAAGCAGUUCCACGAACAUAACUUGUGUGUCAGAAAUCUGCUUACUGUUUAUAUCCUAGUGAUCUGAAAACCUAGGUAAUCUAGCCAUCUGAAUUUUAAAUGAAACUGAUGUGACGGAACCUAAUUGCGAUGUAGGCUGUGCACAGCACAGAUAGGAGGAAGUCAAAAUGACCUAAUGAACGCAUCGGUAACAUCCAUAUCUAGUGAUGUGCCCUUUGAGUUAUUGCACAGAAUUAAUACCAAAAACCCUACAAUAUAUUAAUUUUCCAAUAGGUGAACUGUACCAAUGUCUUAAAAACGUAUUUUCAGGCCUAUAUUGCCCAGGAGGAAGAACUUUCUAAACAGAAGAGAUUAAAAGCUGUAGAAUUUUGCCCAAGAAAAUCAAAUGUUUUAAAAUGCAACACAAAACCACACACUCACACAAAUGUCUGCCCCCCUA